AUGCCGGGUUUGGUGACAUCGAGGUCGGCCUCGCCGUCCUCACAAGACGACACCCCAGACCUCAGCCGCGGCUCCAGUGUAAACGGCGACUACCCACCUGUCUCCUCCUUCCCCGGCUAUGCAGAGAAGCCGCUUCAUGAUCAGUUGGAACCAAUUGCCGUGGUUGGUAUGGGAUGCCGCCUCCCCGGAGACGUCGGAUCCCCCGCCGACUUCUGGGACAUGAUGAUGAACAAGAAAACCGGCAACACACCCAAAGUGCCCGCCUCGCGCUUCAACAUCGACGCCCAUUACCACAAGAAUAACGACCGCCCGGGCAGCUUCGGCGUACUGGGGGGCUAUUUCCUCAACGACGACUUGGCCAACUUCGAUCCGGGGUUCUUCGGCAUCACCCCCAUCGAAGCCAUGUGGAUGGACCCGCAACAACGCAAACUGCUUGAGGUCGUGUACGAAGCUUUGGAAUCCGGAGGCAUCACGCUCGAUGCCAUUUCCGGUUCACGCACCGCCGUGUUUGCUGCCAGUUUCACAGCCGAUUGGCAGCAAAUGUCCUUCAAGGAACAUUCGUUCCGCCACAGUCUGGCAGCUACGGGUGUCGAUCCGGGGAUUAUCAGCAACCGCAUCAGUCACAUCUUCAACUUGAACGGGCCUAGCAUCGUUUGCAAUACGGCCUGUUCGUCGUCUGUGUAUGCUCUGCACAAUGCAUGCAACGCCCUGAGAAACAAGGAGGCCGAAGCUGCCAUCGUGGGUGGCGUCAACCUCAUCAUUACAGUCGACCAACAUAUGAACACGGCGAAGCUGGGUGUCCUAUCACCAACCUCAACCUGCCACACCUUUGACGAGGGUGCCGACGGGUAUGGACGUGCAGACGCAGUAGGCGCCGUCUACCUGAAGCGACUCUCGGAUGCUGUUCGUGACGGCGAUCCAAUCCGGGGCGUGAUCCGAUCGAGUGCCGUUAAUUCCAACGGCAAAGUCCCAGCCGUGGGAAUCACACACCCGAACCGCGAAGGUCAAGCCGACGUCAUUGCGCACGCGUACAAGAGAGGAGGCGACCUCGAUCCGCGAUUGACUGGCUACUUCGAAUGCCACGGCACUGGCACUGCCAUUGGCGAUCCGCUCGAGGUCCACGCCGUCUCUAUGGCCAUGAACAAGGACCGCAAGCCCGAGAAUGGCGACGAUGCGCUGUGGAUCGGUGCCGUCAAGACAAACAUUGGCCACAGCGAAGCCGCUAGCGGUCUGUCUGCCCUCAUCAAGGGAAUUCUUAUUGUCGAGCGUGGCAUUAUCCCCCCAACACGAGGUGUCGUUACGCCGAAUCCCAAAAUUAAGUGGAACGACUGGGCCGUCAAAGUAGUCACGGAACCGACUCCUUUUCCCGAGCACCUGCCUGUCCGGCGCGUCUCCAUCAACAGUUUCGGAUACGGAGGCACCAACGCCCACGUCAUCGUCGAAGGGGCUGGAUCGAUGCUUCGAGAACGGCAGACGUACAAAUACUGCGACGGCGCCGCCAGGUCAUCGGCCAAGUCGCAGGCACCACGCAGGGCCCUGCACCGCCGACGCCCCUUCCUCCUGCCCUUCGCAGCGCACGACAAGGCGACUCUCAAGCGCAACAUCGACGCCCAUGGCCGCGUGGCCGAUAUGUACAGCCUGCUCGACUUGUCAUACACACUGGCCAAUCGCCGUAGUGUGCUCUCGAGCAAGGCCUUUACUGUCGCUAAUCACAACACCCUCCAUGAAGCCUUCGCCAACGUGGCCUCGUCCUUUACUUUUGCUGAGAAAAAGACGGCCCGGACCGUGGGUUUUGUCUUCACGGGCCAGGGCGCCCAGUGGGCACGCAUGGGUGCCGAGUUGAUUGAGUACUGCCCCCGCUUCCUCCAGUCCAUCCGUGUACUGGACAUGGCCCUCGAAGAGCUGAACGACGGUCCGGAGUGGUCCAUGGAGGACGUGCUUCUGGAGCCAGCCGAAAGCUCGCGAGUGAAUGAUGCCGAGUUUUCCCAGCCGCUCUGCACUGCCAUCCAAAUUGCCCUCGUGCAGCUUCUGGAAUUCUGGGGCAUUCGUCCCGUCGUAACAGUCGGCCACUCCUCAGGCGAAAUUGCUGCAGCAUAUGCUGCUGGUCUGAUCUCGGCUCGGGAGGCAAUCACCGUUGCCUACUAUCGUGGAAAGGUAACCCGAGACGUGGACACCGACGGUGCCAUGAUGGCUGUCGGCCUUGGCGCGGAAGCUGUCGAGUCAUAUCUUGCCCAUUCCCACGGCAAGGUAGUGGUAGCCUGCCACAAUUCUCCAGCGAGUGUGACCCUCAGUGGUGACGCCGAUGCACUACGGACGGUCCAGGCUAAGCUAGAUGCGAAAGGGAUCUUCGCACGCAUGGUCAAGACCAAUGGCAAAGCCUACCACUCGCAUCACAUGGCUCCCGUCUCGCACAAGUAUGAGAAGCUUGUCCGUGCGGCCAAGUCGCACUUGGCCUUUGACCUGCCGACCCCGACGACAGCCAAGAUGGUGUCCACCGUCACCAAUGCUGUCGUUCCCGAGAUGACGGUGCUGGACCAUGCUUACUGGAGCCGCAACCUGAGGAGCCCCGUUCUCUUCAACCAAGCCGUGCAAACCAUCCUGACGAGCAAGGAAUUCGCCAAUCUUGAUUUGCUUAUCGAGAUCGGCCCGCACUCGGCCAUGGAUGGGCCCAUCAAGCAGAUCAAGUCUGAGCUGAAGGCCGAGAAGCCCGAGUACCUGUCAACCUUGUUGCGGGGAACCGACUCCGCUGCCCAGCUGCUGAAGCUUGCGGGCAACAUGUUCCUUCGCAGCUACCCAAUGGACAUGGAGCGCGUCACAGCUGCUUACAUCGAGGAAAACUCGUCUACGGGCAAGCCGUCUUCAACCAAGGGCUCCGUCAUCGUCGAUCUGCCUCCCUACCAGUGGAACUACACUAGACCGUUCUGGGCGGAAGCCCGUAGCAGUCGUGAGCAGCGCUUGCCUAAAUUCCCUCGCCACGAUGUCCUGGGUCAAGUCGUGAUUGGGUCCUCUUUGGCCGAACCCACGUGGAGGAACGUCCUCCGAGCUCGCGAUUUGCCAUGGCUGAAAGACCACUCUCUCGGUGGCGAAGCCGUGUUCCCAGCAGCUGGCUACUUCUCCAUGGCCAUCGAAGCCAUUACUCAACUCAACGAACUGAGUGAAAAGCCGGUGGGAAAGAUCGACAGCUACGUUUUGCGAGACGUGUCCAUCAAGAAGGCUCUCGUGACGCCCGACGACGACGACGGAAUCGAAGUCUUAUUCAACAUCCGCCCCUCUGUAUAUGGCGAGGCGGACACCAAGGUAACAUGGUAUGACUUUAGCGUCUCCUCCAUUGAUGCCAACAAUGUGGAGAAGGAGCACAUGGCUGGAAGUAUUAGCAUUAACACCCGCCCUCGGGGAAAGGCAGCCAAAAGAAAGGUGCCUCAGUUCCCACAACGCGCUAGCGGCAAGGCCUGGAACGACGCUUUGCGAGCAGUCGGUUUCGAUUAUGGCCCCACGUUCCAGGAUAUGGACGACAUCCGCUUCGAUGGCAAGCACUACGAAGCCAGUUGUAAGACCAACAUCAAGCAGCACGUCGACGAAUCACUAGGAGAGUCGCGGUACGUCUUGCAUCCGGCCUCGGUCGACUCGACCUUACAGCUCAGCAUUGCAGCCAUCUAUAGCGGUCGCACAAGUGCCAUGGACUGUGGUGUUGUGCCCAUCCAGGUCGACGAGGUGACGAUCUGGCCCCCAACGGAGUCACAGCUCCAAGACGGCAGGGCAAGCGCCUAUGCGUGGGUCGACCGACGCGGCAUCCGAGCGUUUGAGAACAGCGUACAAAUGACGGCAGAGGACGGUGAGAUGGUCAUGGAAGUCAUUAACGUACGCACCACAAGCUACGAGGCUGCUGUGCCCCAAAAAGCAGAAGUCGCGCUCCAGGAAGCUCCUUAUGGCGAGAUGUCUUGGGAGCGCGAUUUCGACACCCUCAAGACGGAUUCCGACGUUGAAGGCCUCACGGCGACCGACAUGGCCAACUUGUUUCUAUUCAAAUAUCCCGACAGAAAUAUUCUUGAGCUCGGGUUUAGACAUGCACUGGACAUCCUCCAGAAGAAUCCUCGGGCUUCUUACACUAUUGUCGCUACUUCCGACGAGGAGAAGGAUGCAGCCACGGCAGCCGUUGCUGAGUAUCGCAACGCCCAAGUCGUGAAGCUUGACACGGAUCAGGAUGUGGACGCUCAAUCCAUUGAGCAGGGAUCCACCGACAUGUUCAUCACGACUAACAAGACGCCCUCUGCAGUUGAAAUCCUCCCCCAGUUACGUGACAUCCUCAAGCAAGGGGGACAGGCCAUCUGGGAUUCCCCUGCGAUCGGCACGGCGCUUCACAAAGCUGGCUUCCGCAGUUUCGAUUCGGUCCUCAACAACAGCUCCGGCACCACCAUGGGUCGAAACACAGCUCCCAGUGAACACGGGAACGAGUUUGUGCCCGGCGAACUCAACUCGAUUAGUCUGGUUUUCCGCAAGGAAGCAUGCCAAGUUGCCGCGCAGAUCCAGAAACAUUUAGAAGCUUCUUCUUGGGAAGUUGGCGUGUGCAGCUUGAGCGACUGUGCCGACUCACUCACCUCGGAGCACUUCAUCAUACUCGACGACGUCUUCGAACCCCUGUUGCUGACAGUGACGGAGCACGAAAUAAUGGCUAUCAAAAACAUUGCCAAUUCGGCUUCCUCAAUUCUUUGGAUUACGCCCGGUGGUUUCCUCGAUGGCAAGCAACCCGAGUACGCCAUGGUCUCUGGCCUGGUAAGAGCCAUCACGUCGGAACAGGCGUCUCUGGAUUUCAGGACGCUGGACUUCGACUUGGACACAGUCGAGCCAACACUUCUUGCCGCUACCAUCGGGAGGAUUACCCGAGAGCAGCUUAUCAAAGAGGAGUCGCCUGAGCGCGAGGUCGUGCUCUCCGGCGUGCAUACCUACAUCAGCCGUCUUAUUCGUGCUCAAGCUCUGAACGGUCUUUUUGGUCCAUUACAGACAACUAAGCCGAUGGCCGUCUCCCCAGAAGACCGCAUUGCGGGUGUGAUCCAGAAGGGCAAAGUGGUUUUCCAAGAACAAAUAGUAAGCAAAGACUAUCCGGUCAAGCCUGGCUACGUCGAGGUCCAGGUCCAGUGCAGCGGCUUGACGAGUGAGGGAUUUCGCGUCAUCACUGGGGCCGACUACCCGACGACAUUCAGCCACGAAAUUGGCGGCAUUGUGAAGGAGGUAGGGCCCGGCGUGACAAACUUGAAAGUGGGUGAUCGGGUGGUCGGAUUCCAUGCGGAUCGUUUCGCCAGUCACCAGAGGGUUCCAAUCAUGUUGCUUCACAAACUGGAAGCCAAGGAGGAUAUGACCACGGCCGUCAGCACGUUGAUGGCUUACGCCGCUGCAGUACAUGGGCUUCAGAACCUGGCGAGGGUCAGGGAGACAGAUACCGUGCUUGUACUGAACGGCACAGGUACCAGUGGUGCGGCCGCGGUCAAGAUAGCGCAGUCCAGUGGGGCCGUUCCUUAUGUCGUGGCCAGAACGCAGGAAGAGGUCCAGUUCCUUCAGAGUCACCUGGGCUUGAACGCCGAACACAUCAUCAGACCAGAGGACGAUUUGGUCUCGGAGUACAUCAAAACGCUCACAGAUGGCCAUGGAGCUGAUGUCGUCUUCAGUACUGGAAAUGUGAGCCCGAGUGAUGCUCGCGAGGCCUGGAGAAGCAUCGCUCGGUUUGGUCGCUUUAUUGAUGGUGGUCGCAAGGACGUGCUGAGUCGAAAGGCACUCGACACUCUUCCCGUGCAGCGAAGUGCAAGCUACAUGCCUUUCGACCUGCUGGACGUUUACGAGACCCAUCCUGACAUCUUGUCCGCCUUACUCCAGAAAGUUGUAAGCAUGUUUAGAGAGGGACUAAUCGUGGCUCCCGGUGCGAUGCAGCCAACCAACCUCGCCGAUCUCGACCAGGCUGUUUCAGGCUUUUCAACUGCCUUCGGAGCAGCCAAGCCUGUGAUUCUGCACGAUUCACUUGAGACACCAAUCAUACAGACGCUACCUGCCAGAAUGCCACUGAGAUUCAAUCCUGAAGCCACAUACCUUCUGGUUGGCUGCCUGGGUGGUCUCGGCCGCAGUCUGACAUCUUGGAUGAUGGAAUCUGGCGCACGGCGAUUUACGUUCCUUUCUCGCUCUGGUGCUGACUCCGCAUCAGCAUCCAAGCUUGUCAGCGAUAUCGAGGCUGCUGGUGCGGUUGUGGACGUAGUGAGGGGUGACGCAACCUCCGAGGCUGACGUUGUUCGUGCGGUCCAAGGAGUGGCUCCUGAUCAUCCGAUCAAGGGUGUCGUCCAUGCUGCCAUGGUGCUCAGAGAUGGCAUGUUCCACUCCAUGACUUUCGGGAACUGGAAGACGUCGAUUGAACCAAAAGUGUUGGGCGCCGGAAACCUCCAUAAGGUUCUCGCGAGCACUCCGCUGGACUUCUUCAUCAUGACCAGCUCCAUCUCAGGAACGCUCGGCACACCGGGCCAAAGCAACUACGCUGCGGCGAACAGUUACCUCGACAUGCUCGCACGCCACAGACGGUCUGCACAACUGCCCGCCACAUCGCUUGUUCUGCCCAUGGUUCUUGGUGUUGGUGUCGUAGCCGAGAACAACGAGCUAGAAGAGUCCCUCAAGCGCAAAGGCAUGUACGGAAUUGAUGAGGAGAAGCUACUCGAAGCAUUUGAAGCCGCCGUAAUUUCGCAAGCAGAGGAGCGUGUCCCUGAUCAUAUUGUAAUCGGCUUCGAUCCUUCCAAGCUUCGAAGGGCCAUCAGUGACGCGGCUGCAUCCGACAGCUUCUGGCUCGAGGACGCACGCUUCAGCCACGUCGUCCACGACAUGAAGUCGUGCGAGGAGGACAAUCUCGGCGGUACAGCAGCAGGGGGGCAAAGCAUCUUGGCAACCGCAAAAGCGGCGUCAACACCAACUGAGGCAGUGGCUCUACUGACGGAGCACUUCAUCAGCAAGCUAUCUCGGAUGCUGCUGCUGAGUCCGGAUGAGUUCGAGCCGGACGCUAGGUCCAUCGCGGACUAUGGCAUCGACAGCAUGAUCGGCGCUGAGCUCCGCAACUGGAUCUUCAAAGAGUACAUGAUGGAUAUCCCCUUCCAGCAGCUGCUGGCUGCGACCUUAACCAUCACCAAGUUUGCGACGCAGGUGUGCAAAAACGCAGGCAUCUCGGAAUAG